UACGACUCUGCCGAGGAAUUACCGCAGUUAGGGAGCUACUGGUCAGUCGUAGAACUGCCUCGGACUAGAGAUCAUAACACUAUUUCGACUUUUAUUUAUUUAUUUACUUUUUUUUACUGCUUUAAGUGAUUUUAAACCAAAGGAUAUGUCUCUUUUUUGAAAAUUGAACCUCAUCACCUGAAUUGGUCCAGUUUUGUGUCGGUUGUCUAAUUUCCUGAUUCCAUUAACCGCGUGGAGCAGUUGAAGAUGAGCUGCACAGAAGUUUUGCACGUGUUGGGUGAGCACUCUUUACCACAACCUGUGAUGGACAGAGUCCCCGUAGACCUGGCUGUGCACCUGUGCCUGAGCCAGAGUCCGCCCUUGUGCCAGCUACUGGGUGUGUCCCCUUCUCUGAAGCCCCUGCGGCCCUGCAUCCAGCCACCGUCACCGGUUGGGAUCCAGGGCAGAGCCUGCCCCGUCCCUUCCCCCUCGGACUGGAGCCUCUCCCAGACAGGCAUCAGUGGAGACGGCACCAGCACCAAGAAGAAGCGUGUGGUGUUUGCCGACUCCAAGGGGCUGUCUCUCACCGCCGUGCGCGUCUUCUCCGAGAGGGAGGAGCCCCCGGCCCCCGAACGCUCGCCGAGCCUGCGGUUCCUGCGGGGGCCGGUGGGUGGUGGGCGGAGGCGCCUGAAGCUGGGCUUCGACCAGCCCUCAGCCGACUUCCAGUCCUUCCGCGCGCGACUGGAGGAGGGCCUGGUGCUGCUGGAGAGCUGCAGUGUGACGGAACGCAGCCUUAGCGGCACGGUGCGGGUGAAGAACGUCAGCUACGAGAAGACCGUGUGCGUCCGCGUCACCUUCGACUCCUGGCGCAGCCACCGCAACGUGGCCUGCACCUUCCUGCAGCAGCGGUACGGCGGCCCGGACACCGACGUCUUCGCCUUCGACAUCCCCGUCCCCGAUGAGCUGGACCCGCAGCAGCGGCUGGAGUUCUGCCUGUCCUACCUCCCAGGCGGGCACAGUACGCCUCUGUGGGACAACAACAAGGGACAGAACUACCGUAUCAUUGUCUGUGCAGAGUCUGAGGCGGCCUCUUCCAGGGCCGCCUCAUCCUGCCGUCCCCUUGUGCCAAAGUCUCAGUUUAGAGGCCUGUGGGCAGCUCAGUCCCAGAGCAAAAGGUAUCACCUGGACAACCCAGUGUACCACAGUGCACCCCAGUCCUGUGAGAUCUUGGUCUCCCAAAGCUGGGGCAGAUUAGAAAACAUUGCCCCCUUCUGGUAACAGAAAUUCCUCACUCAAAAAACAUCUAAAUCAAGUGCCAAAGGCUACUAUUUAUCCUCUGCUCAGAAAUAGUGCUAACCUGAAAUGGGGACCACACCAAGUUAUUAGAAGCUCUAUGCACCAGGGAUACAGUACUUCAGCUUUCAGUGGCCUGUAAGGAUUCUCUAGCAGAUAAACAUGCUGCUUACAGUUCCUAUUGCAAAUGGCUCCGAGCUGCAGACAUUCUGACCACGCCUGCAGUUCUUUUGAUGAGUAUGCCAACGGUGGACUUGUGUGAAGGAGGGAGUGAGAGACUGAAUUGAAACUCUACUGCUUUCCUCCUUUUUAUACUGAGCACUGAGCCAACAAAGUCUUUGCUGUGGUUCUGGGACCUGAAUGCACUUACCAGUGCAAUAACACUUUUUACAAAGUGCACUAAAUGCACGAGCCUUACUUUCCUUAUAUUUUUCCCU